GGGGGCGACGGGGAUGGGGGCGGUUUUAUUAGCCGGAGCGGAGCAGCAAAUUGAAUUGAAUGGCACCGGCUCUCAUUAGCUGGACCCGUCGUAGCUGGUGGUCUUGUAGCCAUAGCAUUUGGAGGUAGCCAUAGCAUUCCAUUCGUCCCACCUCGGUAGAUUCGACUCGUCGCCUUCCUCCUCCCUCCUCUCUUUCUGGUCUGGUCUCCCCCAGCCCAGCCCAGCCCUGCCCUGCCCUGCAUGGAGCCAGGCGCGCCAUGGCGCGAUCCGCGCCAGGGGUACGCCUACGGGGUCGGAUCGGCGCUGCAGAUGCAGCUGCAGCAGCGGGCCGACGCGGCCGCCGGCGGAGGGGUGCUCAAGAGGAGCCUCGGCGAGCUGGAGAGGUGGCAGCACCAGCAGCAGCAUCACGUCGCGGCGCAGCAGGCGCUCUACCUGCGCGCCGUGAGGCAGCGCACGGCGGCCGCGGCGGAUAUCGCCGCCUUGCUGGGCGGGGGGCCGACCCAGCCGCUGGUUCUCUCCGGGUCCAGCUACGGAGGGGGCCUGGCGUCGCCUUCGUCGACUCUGUCGUCGCUCACGACCGCGUCGAGGGCGGCGGUGCCGCUGAUGCACCCGCACCCCCAGCCGCAGCCGCAGAGGCAGGUGCCGCUCAUGACGUCCUCGCCGCAGACGCAGGCCUUCGGCCUGUCGAGGGCGCCGCCGCCUCAGCCGGCGGCGUCGAGCGAGCUGUUCAUUUUGCAGGAGCUCGAGAAGCAGCUGCUGGACGACGACGACGACGAGCCGGUGGCGGCGAUGAGCGGCACCGGCUCCGCGGUGACCAACUCCGAGUGGGAGGAGACGAUACAGCAGCUCAACUCCAUCACCGCCGCGCCGUCGCCCGGGCUCCCUGCAGCGGCGGCCCCGAACAAUAACAACACCAACGCGGGGAUGACGAGGUCUCCUUCCAACUCGUCCUCCUCCACGGCGUCUUCCUCUGCGUCCUGCUCGCCGCCGACCCCGGGGGCCGCGUCGCGGCAGCUGCUGUCUGAAGCCGCGGUCGCUCUCGCCGACGGCAACCACGAAGCGGCGGCCACCCAUCUGGCCGCCCUCAAGCGCGCGGCCAACCAGCACGGCGACGCGGAGCAGCGGCUGAUUGCCAUGAUGGUGGGCGCGCUGUCCUCCCGCAUUGUCCCGACCGCCUCCGCCCUAGCUCAACACCUCGCCGAGCUCUGCGGCGCCGAGCAGCGCGCCGGGUCCCAGCUCCUACACGACAUCUCCCCGUGCUUCCGCCUCGCCCUCCACGCCGCCAGCGUCGCCAUCGUCGAAGCUGUUGGCGACCACCGCGCCAUCCACCUCGUCGACUUCGACGUCAGCCUGCAGCAGCACGCGGCCCUCAUCCAGUACCUUGCUGAACGCCGCGUGCCGGGCACCUCCCUGAAGGUCACCGCCGUCACCGACCCGGGCUCGCCGUACACGCAGUCUCUAAGUGCAACGCUCACCGCCAUCGGGGAGCAGCUGAAGCAGCUCGCCGAGCGAGCUGGCAUCGAGUACCGCUUUAAAGUGGUCAGCUGCAGAGCAGCAGAGCUGGAUGCGUCCAGGCUCGGCUGCGCGCCCGGGGAGGCGCUGGCAGUCAACCUCGCCUUCGCGCUCUCGCACGUCCCAGACGAGAGCGUCUCUCCGGCGAACCCCAGGGACGAGCUCCUCCGCCGCGUCCGCGCUCUGGGCCCGCAGGUGGUGGCGCUCGUGGAGCAGGAGCUGAGCACGAACACGGCCCCGCUGACCGCGCGCUUCACGGACGCGUGCGCGCACUACGGCGCCAUCCUGGAGUCGCUGGACGCGACGCUGGGGCGGGAGAGCGCGGAGAAGAAAGCCAGGGCCGAGGCGGCCCUGGCGAAGAAGGCGGCGAACGCGGUCGGCCGUGAGGGCCCCGACCGGCUGGAGCGGUGCGAGGUCUUCGGCAAGUGGCGCGCCCGGUUCGGCAUGGCGGGGUUCCGCCCGGUGGCGCUCGGCCCGAGCAUUGCGGACCAGGUCGCCGCCCGCGUCGGUCCUGCGCCGCCCGGCAUCUCCGUCAAGGCGGAGAACGGCGUGCUCCGGCUCUGUUGGAUGGGGCGCGUGGUGACCGUCGCCUCCGCGUGGCGCUAGACCACCGCCGACGGCCCCCGCGCGCCAUUAUUGCCGCCACCAAAUCGUCAGUUACUUAAUUCGCGCAAUUCCUUUCCUCGUUUCUCUUUUUUACCUUGAUUGGGUGAGGAGUGAUGAGAGUUUGUCAUUGAUCUGGUAAAAUCCUUCCUUAGCUGUAGCGGCUCAUAAUUCUUAUAACUGCUCAUAGUAGUAUAUGGAAAAGAGUAAGUUAUAUCGCCGA